UAGAAGGAGGAGGUAUUGCCGGUCGUCGCUCUAAAGCCGACUGGACGUGCGCGUAAUUUUCAAAACAACUACGAGGCUUGAGUUUUUGUUCACGUUGUGGAUGGUUUAUUUUGAAGUGUUUUUGUAUUGAAUCGGUGUUGUGAGUUACUGUUUUGGUUCAGAAUUUUGUGGGUUUGACCAACAAUAAUUGUGAAUUUUGUGCAUCUAUUAUUGGAAUAUUACUUAUUGGAAAUUUCUAAGAUCCCUCUCGUCAGUCGGCCGAAAAUGUGACAGUUCAGCACCUGUCACCGGCGGUCAGAUCCAUAGACACGAGUCCGAAGGGGGCAAUCUGAAAAGGGAAUGAUAUUCGGAGUGAUGCCCGGACUUGAUGCACCCCCUAGAGCCUAACUGUCAGCCGUCGGGGGAAAGCUACCCCCGAUCUUCACAAAUGGUAACCAUGCAGCACCCUCUUGCCUCCAUUGUUACGGUGACGUUGAUGUUUGGUAUUUUCCUGCAAUUGGGCGUGAAAUGUAAUCAAGAUGGUGCCCUUCUCGAAGAACAAUCCACACCAAAACCAACUCCAGAACAAGACGAGUCGCUGCUCCUCAACACCGAUCUCCCAAUCUUCCUAGCAGAGCCCCAAAACGCCUUCGUCGUCAAGAACCGCCCGGCGACGCUACAAUGUCGCGCCGCGCAUGCGCUUAGUUUAUACUUUAAGUGCAAUGGAGCUAAAAAGGUCGAAACUGUCGAAAAUUGGUUCGUGGACCCUCAGACCGGCGUGCGAAUCUUCGAAGCGGAUGCUAACGUUACUCGGGACAUGGUCGAGGAGUUUUUCGGUAAAGAAAAAUUUAAGUGCGAAUGCUACGCGUGGAGUGGAAGGGGUAGUAUCAAGAGCCAGCCUGCUACUGUAGAAGUUGCAUAUCUAAAGAAGCAGUUCGAAGCCAACCCCGAAUCCACCUACAACGUAGAAAUCGGCCACCAGGUCGACCUCAAAUGUGUCGCCCCCGCUGGCAUGCCGCCUCCCAGAGUCUACUGGCUCAGAGGUGGCCAAAUCUUGCAAUCGGACACCGACGUGCUAGUCACCAGCGAGGGGCAUUUGCUAAUAGGGCAAGCUAGACCCCAAGACACCGGCAACUAUACAUGUGUAGCAGAGAAUAUUGCUGCCAAGAGGAUGGCCCCUACGUCCCAGAUUGUGGUAUACGUAAACGGAGGUUGGUCUCCAUGGUCGUCCUGGCAGGACUGUCGGUGUCCCGGUGCCACACUGGCAGCGGGAAAAAUGAGUACGAGAACGUGUACUAAUCCCGCCCCCAGCAACGGCGGUAAGAAUUGCCAAGGAUCCGCCAUUAGAAGGACAAAGGACUGCAUUCCUUGUCCGCAAGAAGAGCUCGUGCUGGACAAUGCUUACGACUAUGAUACUAGCGAUAAUGCGUACGUGGAACCAGCACGAUGGUCUUCGUGGUCCGAAUGGUCCGACUGUAACGAAGACUGCACCAAGAUCAGAAAGCGCCAGUGCAUUCCUGGGAGCGAAGGCGGUAGAAAGAAUUGCCCCGGGAAAGACACCCAGAGCCUCAAAUGUUCGACUGAGCAGUGCAGAUCGGUGGAUUUGACGAAGGUUAGAGAUGCAAAUAUGCAAAACACCCAGAACGAUAUCCUCCUCUACAUUGGCCUUACCGUGGCGAUAUUUUUGGUGUGCUUGUUGUCGUUCUUCGUUAUCAAAAUUUACAGAAAAAAGGGACAGCAUCAGAGUUUGUACAACAUGGCAUCAAAUGAUUACCAUCCCGAGUUUUUUCCUGAUCCCGAUAAGAAGUCACUGACGUUGCAGCCCGACGUAACCCAAACCGUCCCACCAUGUUACGAAUACCCAUACACGACUCCAGCCACUUCUGUCACCAGAUCUGUAUCCGAGCACCACUAUGACGUCCCUCAUUUGACCUCUGGAAGUGACAUACAAAUGUCACCGGCUACAAGUUCGACGCUGGAGUCAUCUAGCGGCAAGCGAAGUCAACUGAGCGGCUUUACUAAUAAUUCUGAUUCCACAUACGAGGUAGCAACAGACACUGUAACUUUACCCAUAGCUACGCUACCCACCGCUUACGCAGUAACUCCAACUACCAGCGGCAACUACACGAGUUCUACUCUCUCCAGCACGGGAGGUUUCCUAAAUCUGGCAGAAUCUGCAGUCAGCUUGCUGAUACCAGACGGAGCACUAUCCAGAACCAGAAAGCAAGAACUAUUCCUGUCCAUCCUCAACGAAGACUGUUUUAGACCUAAACUCGCUGAAGGCCUAACCCAACUAAGCCCGGUAGUUUCAUGUGGGCCUAAUAUAUCCCUAAAUAAAGCAGUUGUACUUAAAGUACCCCACUGUGCCGAAAUAACUCGAAACAAUUGGCAGAUAUCUAUCCUCCAGAGCGACUGCAGCGACUCACAGUGGCAGAAUGCUGUCACUUUAGGCCAAGAAACGAUAAACACGACAGUUUUUUGUCAAUUAGACAAGUCCGCAGCCUACUUAGUCACAGAAUCCUUAGCUAGGUAUGUUAUAGUGGGCAGGUCAGCUAGUGGAGCGGCUCUUAAAAGACUGAAGUUGGCUGUAUUUGCACCGAAACUUUGUUUCCAGUCCUCCGGAGAUUAUAGCAUAAGAGUAUAUGUACUGGAAGAUACGGAUUCUUCUAUGGAGACAGUCUUCGGCCAAGAAAAGCGACUUGGUGGGUAUCUUCUGGAUGAACCUAGGUCCAUUAUGUUCCAAGAUGGUGGUAGCAAUCUCUGUUUGUCCUUAGAUGAUAUUAGCGAUGGUUGGAGAGCCAAACCUUCGACGAACUAUCAGGAAAUUCCCUUCAAACACUUGUGGCAAGCUAAUAGUAACAGCUUACAUUGUUCUUUCACUUUAGAAAGCUUUGAAUUAAGCAGGUUUCUUAACUUUAAACUUAGGGUAAAUCAAAAAGGUUUUGACUAUAUACAGGUGUUCGACAUAAAUUGUAGAGACGACGGAGCUGAGACUAGUACUGAGAAAACCAGCUCUGGAAAGUUUAACCAUAACGAAUUUGUGCCAAAAAUGUGCGAAACUACUAAAUCAACAGAAAGCAGAAAGGGCGUGGAAUACGCCAAAAGUGCCAAAAGACUCGAUACAAAAAACAUGAUAGUAACCGAUAGAGGAGUAUCCACCUGUGACGAUUUUAACUUCAGACUAACAAAACCUCUCAGAAAGCAACUCAGCCAAUGUCUGGAUCCUCCUAUCCAACGAGGCAACGACUGGAGAAUGCUAGCACAUGCCCUCAAAGUCGAUAGGUACAUUAACUUCUUUGCCAUUAAACCCUCUCCCACGGACUGCAUCUUGGAUCUGUGGGAAGCCCGGAAUAGAGGCAACAACGCCCUGACUGAACUCAAACAGAUCUUUAACGAAAUGGAAAGAUUUGACGCUGUGAAUAUUUUAGACAAUUCCUUGGGACCGAAUUGGUUGUAAUUUUUUUAAAUUUUUGUUGUAUAUAUAACUUAUACAUGUUUUUAAAUUUGUUUUUAGGCAAAAGUGACAGGAUUUUUAGAUAUUAGAACCCUUAUCUGCUACUUUAAUAAUGUUCCUUUAUUUUUAAUUACACCUGCAUACAUAAAAAUGAUAAGUAUUACCUUACCAUCCACUACCAUCGCUGCGCGAUGGAAAUGGAUCACCACCAACGACAUAAAACGAGGUUAGUCAAAAUACAGAGAGAGUAUUCUUGUUUUGUAGAUGGCGGUUUAUUAGGAUCCAGAAGACAUAAAUUGUUUUCUUUUUAUCUAAACGUCUGUAUUCGUUUACAAUACUCACUCAGACUAAGUUAUUACUUCACAUUACAGACUCGGAGGGAAAAAGACAGGACUCUUACAGGUGUAUAAGUCGUACUCGUUUGAUGAAACAUUUAAAACUACUCCUUUGUCUUAUUUUUUCUUCUCAUUCCUUUAUAGAAGCAACUUUGGUUGUUCAUUGGCGGAUUGUUGCCUCCAUGGAAGAUUGUUUUCCUUUUUCUCGAAUUGGUAAUCAUUGUUAAAUCCGUCCUGUUCCGAGGCAUAAGCCUGUCUCUAUGAGACAAGUACUUAUAGUUCAUCAGUAGGGUGCUAACCUUGCUGAAGCUAAAGACUCCCUCCUCCUUUAUUCAGCCGUGGGACCAUCAGUGAUUGCAGUGCAGUUUCCUGAGCUACUCAAUCCACUCAGUCAGCUACACCACUUCCCCAGGCGGAGUUCUCUGUGUCAUUUAGUUGCCAAAGUGAUAUUUUUGUAUGUUUUGUUUAUGUCUGCUCUGGUAGUAUUGAUUAUGGAUGACUUUUAUAUUUUCUUGUGCUUUUUCGGUAGGGAUACGUGAAUAAGUCAUUCCAUCUUCUACCAUGCUGUUCAAACACACUCGCAAAUCUCAGUUCAACGUGCACCAAUCCAAGUGUAGAAUGCACCAAUCUUCCAAAUGAUUUAGAGCAUCUGGUAGGCACCUUUACACAGAAAGAGCGACACUACACCUCCUUGUGUUACUUCAGCCUCAAUCACUUCGACUUUAGACAGUGUGUCCCAGUGUCCCAAUGAUAGGACAUGUCCUGAACUUUCUGUUAGCUAGGUUGGAUAAAAGAACGCAUGUCAUUGUCUUGCUGUGUCCAAGUUUGGCUCAUUUUGUGAACCAGUUCUUCGAGUCACACUUUAUCAAAUGCUUUACUGACGUCUUGGAAUAUAGUAGCAGUGUAUUUUGUCUGGUUGAAUCCCUCUGUGAUGAUUGCUUUCCUUGGAAGAUUUAUUAGUGUGCUAUUCGUGACCCUAUUUGGUCCUGGUGUUUGCUUUUGCUUCGGUUUCUGACCAAUGCCAAAAUUUAUACGCCAAUAAUGAAGGGACCCACUACCCACUCUCCAAUCACGAGUUUCACUGUGUUUUUGUUAUUGUCUUGAAAAUGAAUCUAGUAAUAUAGAACUCAGUAGAUCUGAUCAGAUAAACCAAUGAUCUGUAUAAAUUAUAAAAUAAAUAAAUAAUACUCUGAAAGUGUUCAAGAAUGCUGAAAUAUACUAUACAUAUUAUUUAUUUUUGCGUUGACUGUUUUUUUAUUAUUUAUCACAUAAAACCCUCAUUACUGUAUAUCAAUUCUGUCACUAUUGUUUGUAUAUUAUACACCGAGACAGGUGCAGGUCUGCGUAAAAUACAGGAUCGUUGUAUUUUGUUAUUAGAAGGUUGUAAAAACACUACUUGAAGCUUUUGUUUGUUAGUUUUUAUGUUGUUAAGAGGAUAAGGGUAUCGGAUAGGUUGCACCUGUCGUAGGGAUUAUAAUAAUGUCGUCUAAAUUUGUUUGUUGAUGAUGGUGGUUGAUUUUAAGUAUUUGUAACCUGUUGAUUCUUUAGUUAUAGUCCAGGGCGCAUCUGUUUUGAGAUGGACGUUGAGAGGUGACUCAAAUUUUUUUGCAGAAAUGGCUUGAAAAUAACUCAAAUAAUAAUAUUUGAGUUAUCCUCCCACUCAAAAUGGUCCGGAACAUUGUUUAAAUAAUCAAAAUGUCAAAAUAUGAAGGAAAAAUUCGAUUUUUUUAUUGGUUUUUUAAUUAUAACCUUAAAACUAUUCAUUUCUGAGAAAAGUUGUACUGGCAUAAAAGUUGCGUAAUUAAAUUUCCUACAAUAUAGAAUUGGUUAAAAAUUUAAAAAAUAGUCACACUUGUUGCAAAAUAGCAAUAAUUGCGAAGAAAACCAUAAAAACAAGUUUUCGCAUUUUAAGUUUUUCAACCAUUUAUGCUACACUUAGGACCUUCAUAUUUUACCCAGAAAAACUUUAUGAUAUAGUAAAACAAAACUUUAAAUUUCCAUAUCCAGAUCGGUUCAAUAGAUUUUGCAAAAUAAAUUUUGCAAUCCAGCUUUCGCAAAAAAAAUUAAUUUUUUUAAAAUGUUGCAGGACUGAAAAUAAAGCAGGUAGCAAGUUGAAUUUUUUUUUUUUUUUUUGUUUAAAGAAGUGUACUGUACCUUUCAUUUGCAAUUUGCAAAAUUAAAAUUGAUUAAUUACCGCGGCGUCAGGAAAUUUUUUAAAUAAACAUUAAUUUUUGGUGCUACGCGCAGGACAGCGGUGUUCGAUUCACACAAGUUGAUUUCCACCAAAAUUCUUCCAAUCUUUAUCUAAUACAUUAUUUUCUUACGCUAUAUUUUGUUGUAUUUUAAUAUUUUAAUUCCACAAAAAUCAAACUAAUUUUAUUAUUGUUUGUGAAAUAUUGUUUAAACAAUUGCAUAUGUUUAAACAUAAUAAACUUUUAUUCUCUAAGUUAAAAUAUAUGAACAAAGAAAGUUUUUGCUAAAAAAGUGUUAUUUCAAAGGAUAGAGUAUGUGUUUUUAUUUUGCAAUAAACAAAUUUAUUUAUUUAUAUCGAAAUGAAAUAAAAAUUAAAAUGUAUCAAUCAUUAUAAAAUGUCAUUGGAAUGCCCAAUCAGAGCAAACUAUCCGCUGUCCUGCGCGUAGCACCAAUAAUUAAUGUUUAUUUAAAAAAAUUCCUGACGCCGUGGUAGUUAAUCGAUUUUAGUUUUGCAAAUUGCAAAUGAAAGGUACAGUACACUUCUAUCAGCAAAAAAAAUUUCAACUUGCUAUCUGCUUUAUUUUCAGUCCUGUAACAUUUUUAAAAAAUGAAUUAUUUUUGGGAAAGCUGUAUUGCAAAAUCUAUUGAACCGAUCUUAAUGAAAUUUACAGUGUUGUUUUACUGUAUCAUAAACCUUUUCUGGGUGAAAUAUGAAGGUCCUAAGUGCAGCAUAAAUUGCUGAAAAACGUAAAAUGCGAAUACUUGUUUUUGUAUGGUUUUUGCGCAAUUAUUGCUAUUUUGCAACAAGGGUGACUAUUUUUUAAAUUUUUAACCAAUUCGAUAUUGUAGGAAAUUUAAUUACGCAACUUUUAUAUCGGUACAACUUUUCUCGGAAAUGAAUACUUUAAAAAUUAUUAUCAAAAAAAGAAACAAAAAAAUCGCGUUUUUCCUUCAUUUUCUGACAUUUUGAUUAUUUAAACAAUGUUCCGGACCUUUUUGAGAGGGAGGAUAACUCAAAUAGUAUUAUUUGAGUUACUUUCAAGCAAUUUCUGCAAAAAAAAUUGAGUCACCUCUCAACGUCCAAAUGUACUAAUAUUUUUACAGAUGCGCCCUGGUCUAUUAGUAAAAGAACGUGAUGGUUAAAGACUGGUUUUUGCUAUACAAAUCCUAAUUAAGCAUAACACCUGCUUAUUUAAUUUACUUACAGUUUAGAAGAUCGAUAUAGUAUAUGGUCCCAUACCAAAAACUCAGUAUCGACUGAUUGCUAUAAACAUCUUUCCAAUUGUAAGGCCACAAGCUAUCCAAAAAGGCAAACUGGGAAAGUAUGCAGACAUUCUAGAUUUUAAGUUUCUACGUCUUGACUCUAAAGGAGAGAACUACGAAAAAUUUGUAGAGCUGAUAAAAAAUGGGUCUAGUGAAGUUUUCUCCAGAGGAUGUAGACAACAAUAUGAUCCCAGGUUAUCCAGUGAGUCCAAAAAACUAAUGAGAGCAUACGAAAUCAUAUAUGUAGCUCAGCCCGUUAGCCAAGAAAUAGUUGACUGCAGCUAAGUCCUACUCCAACAGCUGAGUAAAGCCAGAAAGGAAAAUCCAGAUCGAAACCUUGGAAAAAUGGACAUGACAUACUAGCAAAAUAGCAUGGAGUCUUGUAAAACCAUGGAAAAUAGCGGUGAUCCUACAUAACAUAGACCACGUUGCAAGCUUGCAGCAAACCAAGUCGCUACUCAUCUCCUUAGGAAUGGAAGAACUAAGAACCGAGAUGAAGACACAAACACUAGUAGAAGACUGAAUCAGGAGACAAACUACCUAGGAAUUCCUUUUAUACUAAAAGAACUCCAAAACGGUAUUCACAGAUUAUAAAAAGGGAAAACUGCAGGUAUGGAUGAUAUAUAUGCAGUGAACAAAUACGGCAUCUAGGCCAAGAAGCAGGGCCCCGUAAGAGGUACCGGCGAGGCGCAUGUGUGCAAAAAAAGAUUUUGGCGCCCCUUAAGGCAUUUUGGAUCAUGUUUUUUAUUUAUUUUUUGAAGGUAGGUAGAUGCUUGACAUAAGCCAGAAAACUGAACUUUAGAAUGUGAGUUUCACCCCUUCUCGGGGGUGAAAAAACAUACGUUCAAAAAAUACUUUUCAAUACUCUGUCAGUAAUUUUCAAUAGUUAUUUGCGAGUAAAUUUAUGUUCAUUUUUCAACAAAAAAAAAAACAAGUUUUUAGACGGAUUUUCGCAAAUAACUCAAAAAGUAAGUAUGUAUUAUAUUAUCAAAAAAAUAUAGCUUAUAAAAAAGUGAAAAAAAAAUGGUGUAAGUACCGAUGUAUGAAGUCUGCAGACCCAGUAGAAGCAGAGUUGUAGCUGAUGAAAAGGAGGUUCUUAUUCAUCAAAUUACAAAUCAAAUAUUUCAACGUAAAAUAACCAAAAAAUCAAGCACUUAUCAGGGAAAACUCAUUACAACUUUUUUAAAGUUUUUAAAAGAAGCUAUAUUUUUUUAACUUCAAAAGUAAGUUAAAAAUAAUGUUGGUCCCUUUUUUUGGUAAAAAAAUCAUGUAAACCACCGCCUAAUUAGCAUCUCAAAUGAAAUUAAUCGUUACCGCUUCACCACAAGUUUCAUCGGUUCAAAGUGCUUAUUUUUGAAAAGGCUGUAGAUAAAAGGCCGAAAGGGCUGAACGAGUCACUAAUCAUGAGUGAAUGCAAAAUUUAAACAUCCAUGUCUUCCAAUUUUUGUCUUACAGGAAAACAAAACAUCCAAAAUAUUCAGAAAAGCAAAAUCUACAUUUUUUUACUGCUUGAGAUUUUUGGUAUCACUAAUUAAUUUUAAAGUUAUUCGGAAAAAGAAAUUUUUUCAAGAUUGAAAAAAAUUACCUUAAAACGAAAUUUUUUUAAAAAUGAGAACUUUAAACCGAUGAAACUUACAGAUCAUACAAAUAAAGCUUUGCUUAAACAUUUUAAAGAAGUUGUAAUGAGUUUUCCCCGAAAAGUGCUUAAUUUUUUGGUUAUUUCACGUCGAAAUAUUCGAUUUGGAAUUUGAAGAAUAAGAACCUACUUUUCAUUAGCUACAACUCUGCUUUCUACUGGGUUUUGCAGCCUUCAUAUUAUUAUAUAAAUUAUUUUUUUCACUUUCUUGUAAGCUAUAUUUUUGCUAAGAGUAUUUUUUCGAUAAAAUAAUUAGUUUUUAAUUGCGAAAAACCGUCUAAAAACGGGGUUAUUUUGUUGAAAAAUGAAAAUACUCACUCACAAAUAACUCGAAAAGAAUUGACUUAGUGAAAAUCUCUAUACAACAAAAGUUGCUUAGAAUUAGUCAGUUUAUCCAAUUCAGGACUUAUUUUGAACGAAUGUUUUCUCACCCCCGAGAAUACCCCCAGGAAUUCUCGGGCGUAUUCCCCUGGGAAUACCCCUUUUACCCCCAGAGUAAAAGCACACAUCGGUACAGUAGGUAUCACUUCUUGUCUUGUUAGCUAUGUGUAUGACAAGUUUUAUGUCAAUAUAAGUUGUUCUUUAAAAUUUACAACAAAAACCGUGAGUAAAUGGACUAUUAUUAGUAGGCUAAAAUAUCAAAAUGAAACAAACAGAAUAAAAGCAUAACAAAAUAAAUUAAAAUGCAUGACUACCUGAAUAUACUAAUAAAAUUUCGUGUGUGUUUAAACUGAAUCCUCUUUAAUUUCUCAACUUUUAUUUUAAAAUUAAUUUUUGUUUUUUUGUUUCUUUGCUUUUUUGCAAUUUUUGAGCCCGGGUUUUGGCGCCCCUAAAGGAUGGCGCCCGUGUACAUUGCACACUUUGCACAUAUGGUAGCGGGGGCCCUGCCAAGAAGCAAAAAAGAUGGAUCUUGCCACUCUAUAACACGUGUAACAAAUCAUGAAAAAAGUCUAGUCUACAUUAAUAGCCUUGUUAUAACCAGGAAAGAAGACAGAAAAUCCCAGUAAUAGCUACAGACCUAUUUCCCUGUUGUGUCACUUUUUCAAACCAUACGUGCUAGAAGUACUAAAUGGGGGACGAAAUAGGUUGAGUUAAUGAGCCUUGAACAUGAUAAAACCGCUUUAAGAAAACCAGUGGUAGUACUAACUGAUUAGUGAGGAAGGAUACUAUUUGCGAUUUCCAGAUGUCAUUGCAAAAAAAAAAUAAAAGGAUAAAGUGGUAUUUGUAGGGCACUUGGCGACAGCCUAAGAUGGGCGGUGGACUAAGAAAAUUAUGGAGUGGACAACAACUGUCAGAGAUAAGUACCUACUGUAGGUAUAUAAAAAAAUGUAGAACUUUCAUUGUUCUGUCGAUGCAAGAUUAAUGGCAGCGAUUAAAACCAAUUUGAACAAUAAAUUCAGGGAAAACUUCAUCUUCAUCUACUAGUUGGAACAAUAUAAACGUACAGUGUCUCCAUUUAUGCUAUGAUAGACGUAUCCUGUUGCCACUUCUGUACAUAACUUUUAUUUUUAUUUUUCUAUUUGUUAUUUUUACAUAUUUUAAAUUAGGACCAAUAUUCUACAUAAUAUUUAUUAUUUUUUUCUAUUAACCAAUACUGUUUUCCACCACCAUCAUCUCUGUUCUGCUUUAUUUAAUUUAACAAUUGCUUUCUCGAUAUAUUUAUGUAAAAAAUAAAAUUAUUUUCUAUUGUAUGUUGUUAGGGUGUGAGGUAUUGAAUAUAUCGUUUGACGAAAAAAUAUUCAGGAUGGACCAUGAUCCAGAAAUUGUGCAAUUUAGAAAAGAUAUACGAGGUGGUCCUUUUACUUUAUCUGCGAUUGUAAGUGGUUUUUAAUCAAAAUUGAUACAGACGGACUCAUUUUAGAGAUUUUUCUUUAUUCGUGGUUGUUUUUAGUAAACUUUAACUUCAAACUGUCGAAAAACGCUUCCAGUAAUGGUUCCUGAAGCAAUCAAGCAAUCAAGGGACAAAAUACCGUUUAUCAUCACCCUACUCUAUCUACAGAAACUCUGAAGAGUCCUAUUGAACAGUAGUUAAACCGGUCGCUUAAAUUGUUAAACCAUAACACUAUCUUCUUAUUUCUCCUUCCUUCUCUUAUCCUUUCCCUUUAUUAUCAACCAUAGCAUUCCAUCUCGCUGUCACUUCAUUACGUGUCUCAGAUAUUGUAACUUUCGUAUUUUUAUUGUUAUGCUUAUUCCAAGUAUCCUUCUGUAACACCAUGCUUCAAAUGAUUGUACCUUAUUUAUAUUAUCUUCUUGCAUUAGUAUCCAGUUUUAAGUUCCAAACUGUCCACAGUUCUAAUCUGAGGUCUAUUGCUAUUUCUAUACUAGUCCUUAUUUCUGAUUAUUAUUUUCAUGAUAUAUGUUUGAUUAUUAUUAUUAUUUUAAUCCGGGUUCCCAGGUAUUGGUAUUUACUAACCCUUUCUAUCGUAUAGUGUGUUUGUAUAUUUGUUUUCUUUGUUAUUAUAUAUUUAGUCUUCUUUAUAUUCAUUUUUAGUCCAUAUUUUUCACAGAACUUGCUUGUCUUGUUUGGGAGUUGUUGGAGUCGUUCAGCAGAGUUUGUCAUUAUCACGGUGUCAUCUGCAUAUUUUGUGUUGUUAACAGUUCUCUCUAACGUCAACUGAUCUAUGUUUAACAGCUCUAACUUUAGGCUGCUGUGAAUAAAAUAAGAUGGGCCAGUGUGGUCGCCAACAUCUCUAGAAGAUAGUCACAUUUAGACGAACAAUAGUUCUUCAGUUAAUUAAUUAUUCCUUCCUAAAUGCAUAAGAAGCAGCUAUAUAAAGAGGAGAACAAAGAAUAUUUUGAUAAAUGAAUGUUUCUGUAUCCAUUUUGACCACUUACUUACAUCGUUUUCUUCGAAUAAUUUAUAGCUUUACUUUUUUUUGACGCACCUCGUAUAUUCUUAAAUGUUUCAACGAAAAGAAAGAAGCCAUUAGUGUUUAUUAACGAAAUCUGGACCUAAAUUUUUCUGUUGUAUUCUGUUGACAAUAUAUAUUCACUUGUUAUUAAAGAGGCACGAGAUCAUUUAAAGAAGAAGCUGUAGUUGUAGUAACAUUGAGAAAUAUUUAUAACAAAAAAUUUCUGAAAUACCUAUCACCUGACGUAAUGAAUGCCUAGGUAUUUGCGAAUUAGAAAGAUAAGGUUUUGGAGAAGACCUUUUGCUUCUGCUACUUGUUGUAGGUCAGAUAGCAGGAAUACGUUCCUGCUGUCUGACAAGAUUACAUUCUGCGAAAAGUUCCUCAGAUUUUCUGUAUCCUUGACCACGUCCAUCUGUCAGACAGCAGGAAUACGCUCCUGCUGUCUGACAGCAGGCCCAGCAUGACAACCAUUCACAAGGAGGAUUUUACAGCAGGAAUGAACCGAAAAAUUUAUUUCCUGGUCUGUUUUUAUUCCAUAAAAGUUCAAUUAUAUGACGUUAGACCGAGGCUUUAUUAUCUGUGCCAAGAGAUUGUUGACGAAACUCAUAAUAUAGGCCCGUGGCUUUUAUUACAGGAUUAUAUUAUCUAUCUACAGGAUUACUAUAUAUUUUAAAUUAUACACUCCCAUACAAAAAUAUUGCAUAUUUUAUUUUGCGUCUCUUUUGAAGCAUAUUUUUUCCUUUUGAAAAGUUUUGUAGUUUCUAUUGCUUAGUAAGUUAUGAUGGUCUAUUCUACGUAUACUCAUUGUCGAGUAACUUGCAUAUUGAAGAGUUAUAACAAAAUUGUAGAAAAAUUAAUGAAAUAGUUAUAAUAUUUAAUUAGAGAGAAAUAUAAAAGAGAAACAAUAAGGACAAUAGAAAACUUUUUACAGCAAAAUAAUUUUGUUUUAAAUGCUUUUUAUGUCCUUCUCUAGCUCUAGUGAUAGCCUGUAUCCUUCUAGGGAUGCUUCGCAGAAGGCCUUGGAUAGUUUCUUGCGGAAGUUGAUUCCAUUCCUCCUGGGUAGCAAUUCUUAAUUCUGCAAUUGAGUUUGGAGCACGAUUUCUUGCUCGUACACGUCGUUUUGGGAUGUCCCAUACAUGAUCUAUAGGAUUUGCAUCAGCAUCCAUUGGUGGCUAGUCUAAAAUCUCAAUUCCAACAUCCGCAAGAUAUUGCAUGGUUGUUUAUGCGUUUCUUGCAAGAUAUCAUACUCGAUGAAGCUGGCAUAAGAAAAACCAUGCUCUUAGAGGUUGCGUAUAUACCAGUCAGCAUUCAUUAGAAUCUUCACCUCAAUAAGCUCCUUACAACUCUUCCAACUAUGCCACCCCAUUGCAUAAUGGAACCCCUACCAAAGCUAACAUUGUAAACAAGAUUACAUUCUGUGAAGUUCCUCAGCUUCUAUAUCCUUGACCACGUUUAUCUGGCUUCCAUAAUAAUUGUAUCCUUGUUUCAUCUGUAAAAAGACCUCUUCCCUAUUGGUGUUCGUUCCAGUUAAGGGUUCUUACAAAUUGCAACCAUCGGGUCUUAAACCAAACCCUUUAAGUCUUCUCAUCACUAUUUUGAUAGUUAUAUUAACUUGUCUUAUGAAUUAUGAUCAGUAAUUCAUUUGUGAUUGGAAAUCGUAAGUGUGCGAUUUCAAAAAGAUUGAAGUAUCAAACAUUGGUCAUCUGUUGAAGUUGUACAUCUUUUUCGUCCUAUAACAGGUCGUCGUUUGUAUUCUCCUGCCCCAUUGUAUCGCUUUACUAUACGAGAAACAGUCGAUUGAAUGUAACUCGCUUAACUGUGGCAUAUCAACAAGAAAACUGAAGAAUCAAAAAUUAAAACACUCCAGAUAGCACACAUCACCAAAGCGCACUUUGCGUACUAUGCAGUGUUUGUUAUGUCAUUCUUUUAAUCUCUAAUAAAUUAUAAUAUGUAUACGUAAAAUACUCCAGUAUAACACAUGCAGGAAUAAAAAAGUACAUAACAUUUCAAAGAUAAAAUAUCAACAAAAAAUAAUGAUUGAAGAUAAAAUAUGCAAUAUUUUUGUCUGUGAGUAUAUUAGUAAAUUAAUUUAGUGUUUUCAAUCUCAAAUUGUUAUUCUGUAUUUAAAUAUUCCGCCACGAGAGCAAUUUGUAAACCCUCUAAUACAUUGUAGUCUUAAGAAAAUCGGGAUUGAUUCCCAUUUCGGAUACUUUAGUAUAUUGUUUGACGACAACGUUUUUAGAGCAACUGAUAUGUAAAGUCAAUGAUGAUUGCUUUGUGCAACAUAAGAAAAAGCCAGGGAUGCUUCUUGCAUCUUGUUACUUGAACCUAUAACCCUUUAGGUACGCUAGGGUGCCAAGCUCACCACUACCUCCAACUGUAUGGUUCAUUCCUCUGUCACGAACUUUGAAAGUAUUACAUGAAAUGUCUUGCAAUGGAAAUACAACUAAAGAACCUUAUCUUUCUAGAUGGAUUAGUAUAAACAAUCACUUACCCCUCAUUUUUCAAAAAGUAGUGUCCUUCCCUCUACUUAAGUACCGCGAAUUUUUCAAAAAUCUACAAGGAAAAAUGUCCUGUAGUUAACUUUAUACCAUUAAUUACAAAAAAAAUAAUGAAAAAUCCUUAAUAAAAGGUAUAUUUACUUAAAAAAUCCCUCAAAUAGCCAAAUAUAUCGCAGUUAACGUUUUCGAUCUAAGUAGAUCAUCACAGUGAUGUUACAGUCAAAUCACAUGCUGAACCACCAAAAAUGCAUGGGCUAAAACCGUUUAAAUAUUAACAGAUUUGUGUUACAAUGACAUUAUUUUUGAGAAAUCCAAGUGAUGGAUAAAAAUCCGUAACGAUAUGGCGUUUGGCAGCCUAUGACCCCCACAAGGCACGUGGGUUGCAUAAUUGACAAUAUAUCUUGAGAUUAAGGACGGUGAGUGAACUGCAGUUGCUACUCACCGUCCUUAAUGUGAAGACAUAUUGUCAAUUAAGCAACUCACGUGCCCUGUGAGGGGUCAUAGUAUGCCAAAGACCAUAUCCUUACUGAUUUUUAUCCACCACUUGGAUUUUUCAAUAAUAAUGUCAUUGUAACACAUUUUGUUAACAUUUAAAGGGUUUUUACACAUGUAUUUUUGCUGGCUCAGCAUGUGAUUAGCGUGCAAGAGCACUGAUGAUGAUCUACUUAGAUCGAAAACUUUUAUAAAACGACCUUUUAUAGAGGAUUUUUUCAUUAAAAUUUUUUUUCGAUUUUUUUGUUACUCCUUACACGAUAUAGAUUUGACUUAAGGACGAUGUACAGGAAACAAAAUAAAUAUACCUGAGAUUUAACUGAACAAUGUUUCUUACUAAACUCAACUAAACUGCAAUGACAUUAACGAAUGUGUAGAGUUUUUAUACAAAAAUCAAAAGUAGUUUUUUAGAUAUUUUAGAAAUGUUUUGUACAAACAAAAAAAUGGAUAAUAUUCAUUGUAAACUAGAUGCAGUUCUAAACGUUGAUAUGUAUGUAAUCUAGAAAGUAUAUAAUAAACGAUGAUGUAUAUAUAGUCAAUAUAUUGACGAUUUUUAUUAA